GCUCCCUCCUCCCGCCUCCCUCCCUCGCUCGCAGGCCGGGCGGGCGGCUGUGGGGUCGAUCUGAGAGCGCGGCCUCGGCCGCUGCUCUUGCGCCGCCGGAGUCAGGCGCGCGGACCGAACGGAUCGAGGCCGGGGGCCGGGGCAGCGGUGCCAAGGCCGGGCUGGGCGACCGCGCUUAGGCCCGUGCCCUCCGCCUCCGCCGCGGGCCGCCAUGGCCGCGUCCCCCGGCUCGGGCAGCGCUAACCCGCGCAAGUUCAGCGAGAAGAUCGCGCUGCACACGCAGCGCCAGGCCGAGGAGACGCGGGCCUUCGAGCAGCUCAUGACGGACCUCACACUGUCCCGGGUUCAGUUUCAGAAACUUCAGCAAUUACGUCUCACACAGUCUCGAAAUCAGUACCAUGGAGGGUCGUUACCCAAUGUGAAUCAACUACGCAACAGUACAACAGAAUUUCAGCCAUCAUUUCACCAGGUUGAUAACAUUCGAGGGACACGUCAUCAUGGACUUGUGGAAAGAGUGUCUCGAAAUCGCUUUCAUCCCUUGCACCGGAGACCUGGGGAUAAACCAGGAAGACAAUUCGAUAGCAGUUCUUAUGGAGCCAGUUACCCUGCCCAGCUUGGGGAUGAAAGUUGGACAAGGCAGCAGCCUCCGUGGAAGGAAGAGAAGCAGCCCGGAUUCAGGCUGACAUCUGCACUUAAUAGGACCAAUUCAGACUCUGCUCUUCAUACCAGUGCCUUAAGCACCAAGCCACAGGACCCCUAUGGAGGAGGUGACCAGUCUUCCUGGCCUGCCCACUGCAUGGGUUAUUGUGAUGGUGAGAAUGAUGGCUUUGGAGAAGUUAUUCCUUUCCCCAGCCCUGUGAAAGAGGAGAAUCUGCUGAAUGUUCCCAAGCCCCUGCCCAAACAGCUGUGGGAAGCCAAGAAGAUUCAGUCCCUUUCAGCUCGCCCUCGAUCCUGUGAUGUGGGAGGUGUCAAUGCCUUUCCACAUAAUGGCCAGAACACAGGCCUAGCACCUUUUCUGGGGAACUUAAACACUGGAGGGUCAUUACCAGACUUAACCAGCCUUCAUUCCUCGUCCCCUCUACCUGCAUCUUUGGAUCCUGAUGGCCACUGGUAUGGCAGUAUGAGUGUUGGCAACAGUAUGGGAAAUCUCCCGGCUGCCAUGACUCAUCUGGGGAUUAGAAGCUCUUCAGGUCUUCAAAGUUCUCGGAGUAACCCCUCCAUCCAAGCCACACUGAAUAAAACAGCACUUUCUUCCUCCCUAAAUAUCUGCCCGCAGACGUCAGCUCACAACACCUCUGCUCUCCAGCCUUCACUCCGUCUGUUUUCACUUAGCAACCCUUCUCUUUCUACCACAAGCCUGAGCGGCCCAACUCGGCGUCGGCAACCUCCAGUGAGUCCUCUUACACUCUCCCCAGGCCCUGAGACAUCCCGAGUUUUCAGCCGACAGUUCUCCUCUACCAGUCCACUGAGCCAGCUCCCCACCUCCCAGGUUGUUUCUUCUGAGCGAAGUCCCCUUUCCUUCCUUCCCCCAGAAGGUCAAACCCCACUACCACCACCUUAUUCCAUGCCCCAAGAGCUCCCUGAGUCCCUCCUACAACCCAGAGCCCAAGAACAAGCCCAUGUCCAGCAACCCCACCUCUCUUCUCCACCCUUGCAUUCAGAGUUUGAGCUCCUCUCUCCUCAUAACUCUUCUUUGACCAGCUUUUUUCCAGAUGUGUGCUUUGAACAGCAGACCAUAAGACAAGGGCCAGCCUUUGCUCAACAGGCAGCCAUGAUGGAGCAGGCUCAGAGGGGACUGCAGAACUCCAUUCAGCUGCGACCAAAUUUCCUGUAUUCUAGCUGCGGGAGUUUCCCAAACACCGUCCUAAAUGAAGACACCAGUGGCAGUCUGUUCAAAGACCUCAGCAGUGCGCUGGCAGGCCUGCCCGAGUCGAACUUUAGUGCAGACAGCCUCUUUCCUUUGGAUGACGAACUCCAGAUUGAACCACUGAGUUUGGACGGACUCAACAUGCUGAGGGACCCUAGCAUGGGCCUGCCUGACCCCUCAGUGGAGGAAACCUUUCGAUCUGACCGCCUGUGAGCCAGAGAUCAGGCUAGAGCAGCAGACUGUGCCCAAAUGGUCCUCUCAGCACCGGAGCCGGCCCGGAAGCCCGCAGGGCAGGACCAGCUCUUGGCCCCCACACAGCAGCCCCUUGGGGCCUGGGAUCUGGGGCAGCUGCCUCUUUCCGAGGAGCUUCUCAGUGGGGCCUCACUGUUGGCCCCCCGGAGCUUCACGGUAGGAAAACUCUGACGUGGUAGGAGCGGUUACUGGUCUGGUCUGCGAGUCCCAAGGCUAUAAGGUCUGGCAAGGGAUGUGGGGCCUGGCAGGUGCUAGAGGGCUUCACAAGCAGCCUGUGGGGCCGGAGCGGGGCGGUGAGUUCUCAGCCGGCUGGAGCUCUGGCAGCUGAUCCCAGCAGUCUCUGGUGACCGGUUGGCAAUGGCCCCGAGUGAAGAGAGCAGUGUUUGAGACCCCAUGGCAAGUGUUCCAAAGAAAGAUGGGGAACCCUGGCCAGGUGGUCACUGAGCAGACUGAAUGUUAACCUGGCUUCUCUCCCUAUCUCAGUGCCUGCUGCUGCUUCCAUUGGUAUUUUUCACGUGGCACAGGAAGGAGCACUUUAAAACCGAGUCACCCAAGGAAUCAGCAGCUGAGGGAGAAGAGAUGGUAGAGCCAGGCCCUGAGCUUAGCGGCCAUCUCUGCAGGAGAGCAGACAAAAGGGGAGACUGGUUCUGAAUCUGGUCAGCUCCACAAGGGGUGCCGGGGACAGAGCUCUCCAUUGCCCUCAGUCUGCUCUUUUCUGUGCCAAGGGCGGUCACGCCAGUCUGCCUCACUGGUAGUGACCGGAUGAUCCGUGAGCCCCAAGAAUCUGUCCAGUCUUGCUUCCUCCUCUCUUUUCUGGUCUUUCUUUCUGUCCAUCACUUAGCCCGCGGUUAAGUUUGCACAUUCACGUGUGUGUGUAUCCUUGGACGGCAGGUUCCUCCUUGAGUAGAGCCAGCAGCUUGCCUUUGGGGUCACAUUCCACAGAGGGUAGCAGGGCAUGGGGUUCAGUUGGUCUAGGGCUGGCCUGAUGUGGAGAGAAUCCGGAUCACAGAUAGAUGGGAUUUGAGGGGCUCUGAGAAGUCAUCAACACAGCAAAUGCUCCCCAUAGAUCUGUGUGAAUACUGCUUUGAAUUUUGUAAUUAGAGAUUCAUUCUUUCCAUACUAAAACCAUUGUCACUCAAUAACCUCAACAGACAGUAAUUAAGUAGGUGUUUUUCCCCUGGAAAAGCUCCUUGAGAGUUGGAAAAUGCACUGAGUGGGUCCAGCUCCCAGAACAGGCAGAGCCGUGGACUCAGUGAUCUUCCUUCGUAGGAGGCUCAAAGAAACUAGGGGCGACUGAGCAUGAGAGCCCUGGACUGAUGGGCAGGGGUUUAGGGGAGCCCUGGAAACAAGGUGGGAGGACAGCCGGAGCCUCUGCCCUCGUUCCCAGUCUCACUUUUUUGUAGCUGUGCCCGAUGUUCAGAAGCAGGAAUAUUGUGGAGUCUUCUUCAGAACUGCCCCAGUUCUACUCCCUUUGAAUGUCCUUGUUCUCAAGAAAGGGCUUUCAUCCUCUCACCCAUGGCUCAGCCCUGCUGAGAGAAGAGCUCUCUGGUAUUGGUGGUGGUUCUGGGGCAGGGCCUUGACUUCCCCCAAGUUCCACAGAGGAGAACUUGCCUGCUUUCUCUCUCACCCUCCUAGGAGGCCUUCCUGUUCCCCAAGACCCCUUCUCCCUCACGUUAGACAGACCCUUGUAGGCCAUAAAGGAAGCACUCCAGAGAUGUACCUGGGACUAGGAGUCAGGCAGGCUACUGGGAAGAGUUGUUGUGUUCUUCACAUUUGGGUUCUCAGGGUGUAAUUACCAUAGUGUGCCUUCCAGUGUGAUUUAAUAACCAAAUCACCAAAGUGCCUGAAAAAAGCCUCAUCAUGUCCGACACUCCCAAACUGAAGAUGGAAAGAAAAUGACCUCAUCUAUUCAGCUCAUCUCCCAUAAACCUAAUCAAGGAAAGCUGUAGGGCUGAUGUUGCGGGGUGUCUAUACAUGUGCGCACACACAAACAAAUACACCCAGAUACAGAACGAUAAAAGAGACGGUCCCUCCUGUGAGCCGAGCUCCUCUGUAGUUACUUUCCCCCAAAGAGGUCCCAGGGCUCCUAUGGCAAUCCCAGCUUUGUGCAAAUGGAGACCUGGGCAACCGGGUGAUCGCGCAGGGGGCGUCUACCAGAGCAGGUAUUCAUUGCUUCAGAGAGAGUCUAAUGGUGAGAAGAUUGCUCAGUAAUCAGUUUCUCCUAAAGGCCAGAUCUUUUCUCUGUGAGAGAUGUGGGGCCUGCCUUAGAUGGUGGGAAGGAUGCAGCACACAGUCAGCCGGGACAGUCUCACUGCGUUCCUUUGGAGGGUCCGCAGCCGCCGGCCAGGCCCCUGUCUCAGAAGCAGCAUGUGCUUCACGGGAGACUUGUGGUCAGCCUUUGGUUGCAUGGAAAAGAAUCACCUGUUUAGUUACUCUCCCUUCCUAGCAGUUACAGCGUAGAACUAAAAUGUCUUCAUGCUCCCACUCAUUUCUCCCUCUGAAGUUGUAAACUUUCCGUUGCCCACUAGUAGGAGAGGACUUGUUUGGUGAAUUCAAGAUUAAACCUUCACUGUCCUGUAAUAUUCUUUUUUCUAAAUCUACAGUGUAUUAGCUGAAAUAAAAUAUGACAUAUCCGAGCACAUCUGUAUCUUUGAAGACCUUUCUGGUAUUUGUUAUUUUAGCUGGCUCUUGUAAUUUGUGCACAGAUGGUUCUGAGUGUAGCUCAAACAUUUCAGAAAGGGACCAUCUCUCCUACUAAUUGGACUUUCUUUCGGUUAUCUAACUUCUGUGUUCCACAUUCGAUUAUAUUUUUUAAAAAUUGGAAUUUGUACAAAGUAACUUCCAAGUUUUAUAACGCAUUGUUUUACAUCUUUCAUAAUUAAAAGCAGCACAAUAAAGUUCUGCACUUGCA